GAUGUCCCCGUAUAAAGUAAUGCAUUAAAAGUCCUUGCGACAGCUUUCCCCCAUUUUCAAAGGACUCAAAACCCCCUGUACAAUUUCAUCACAUUCCCAAAAUUCACUUCAUACACACAUCCUUAAGCCUUAGCCAUGGCCGGGGAAACCUCGACCCAACCUCCGCCGGCUUCAGCCCUGCCCGAAUGGAAGUAUGAUGUGUUCGUGAGCUUCAGGGGUGAAGAUGCGAGGAAGAGCUUCAUGUCCCACCUCUUCCGUGCCUUUGAGCGUGCCGAGAUCAGCUGCUACCACGACGUCGACUGGGACCAACGCGGCCGCAUCGUGGGACCGAUGCUCUUGGAAGCGAUCCGCGGCUCGAGGAUUGCCUUUGUUCUCUUCACCACCCACUACUCCAACUCUAGGUGGUGCCUUGACGAGCUUGUCGAGAUAAUGAACUGUGACGGGCAGGUGUAUAGAGACCAUGGCCACAUGGUGGUCCCAAUCUUCUUUGACGUGGAGCCAACGGACGUCCGGAGGCAGAAAGGGGAGUUCGGGAGAGGGUUAGAGAGCAGUGCGGCCGAGCAAGGGGAGGCCAAGGCGGCUGCCUGGCGGGCUGCCCUCGAUGAGGCAGGGAACCGAUCGGGAUGGCAUUUACAGAAUGACACCAACGGGGAUGAAUCAAUGCUCAUUGAGAAAAUUGUGGGGCAAAUCUCUAGCCUGACUGCCUUCGCGAAUUCACACUACUUCAUAAAAGAUGCAGUCGGAAUAGAUGAAAGUGCACGCGCUGUGAUUUCCUUGUUAGAUGCCGGGCCAUCUGAUGAUGUGCGUGUCAUUGGUUUAUAUGGGAUGAAAGGGAUAGGAAAGACAACCUUGGCAAGACUUGUAUGCAGCCGCAUUUACAACAAAUUUGAAGGCGUGAGUUUCUUGGAAAACAUUGGAGAUACAAAACAUCAAGAAAUUAUUAAGUUCCAGAAGACGCUCCUCAACGAUGUCUUGAAAAUAAAUCACUUGGCAUUGGACGAGCAUCAUUGGUACCACAACGCUAGUCUGAUGAGGGAUAAGUUGCGCAAUAAGAAGGUACUUCUCGUACUGGAUGACGUGAAACAAAAGAAUCAGGUUACAUUACUUGCGGGUGGACGAGGAGGACUGCUUGGUCGCGGUAGUCGAAUCUUAAUAACCACGAAAGAUGAGUCGCUGCUGGAUGGUCUUAAAGUACACCACAAGUUCAUAGUCUCAGGACUUGGUCCAACAGAAUCAUUGCAGCUCUUUGGUCGUUACGCGGUCCACGAUGGAGGAGAUGACCUGGAAGAAGGUUGUGAUUGUGAAGAAUUGUUCAAGAAUCUCGUUCACUAUGCAGGAGGGCUUCCAUCAGCCAUUAAAACUCUCGGCACUUGCCUUUUCGGGAGAAAGAAAGAUCAAUGGGGCAAGUUGUUGGAGCAGUUAGAACGAAAUCCUAUUCUAGAUUGGAUUGAGGCAUAUUCAGAAAAUACGGACUCAUUUCUCCAACCUCAUGAAUCCGUGGUUGAGCCAUGCGGAGAAAGUGGCGGGACUCCUUAUGACGAUAAAGCCUAUAAGGGUAUAAGGCAGAUGGAAAUUGUUGUGUUCGGGCCAGUCAUUGGUUCUAUCCGCAGUGACUACGAUCAUGGUGGGUCUCUUGUACGUUCAGCUAGGCAUGGUGGAUCCCACGAAGGCAAAACUAUUACGGUUACACUAGAUUACCCGGAUGAAUUUUUGACUUCAAUCUCAGGUUGUACAAAUACAGAUCUCAGCAUUAUCCAGUCCCUCUCGAUCCACAGUAAUCGGAGGACGUAUGGACCAUUUGGCGAUGAAAAUGGGAAACGUUUCUCUUUUCAUGAUAAACAAAUUAAGGGUAAAAAGAUACUCGGAUUCUUCGGGAAGUGUGACCCCUAUGUAAAUUCUAUUGGAGCAUAUAUCGGGCCAAUUUCACAUCCUUAUCCAUUCAGAACCAUAGGCCCGUUUGGUAACCAGGAUGGAAAUUCUUGGAACGAUGGAAAGCAUGCAGACAUAUGGCAGAUCGAUGUGGUCUUUGAUUCAGAAGUUGAGUCUAUCAGCAUCAUUUACGACAAUGACGGUCACGGCACAAUUCCCAUCACCCACGGUGAAAAAGGAGGCGGCAAAUUCUACUCGGUUAGGCUGGCCUAUCCGUACGAGUACUUAAGAUCGAUCUCGGGCUACCUGAGAGAACAUCUCGGCAGACUCAUUCUACAGUCAAUCUCAUUCAACAGUAACAGGAGAAAGUAUGGACCAUUUGGUCGAGAGGUUGGGAUACCAUUCAGUGGUCCUUCAACUGGUGGCAAGAUCGUGGGAUUCUAUGGAAGCUGCAAUCGCCAUCUCGAAUCAAUUGGAGCAUAUCUUGAACCAGUUUCUCACAGACAUCAUGUGAGAAUUGUUGGACCUUUCGGAGGUAAUGGUGGAGGCCCUUGGGAUGAAGGAAGACAUACCGGUUUAAGGCAAAUCAUUAUCAGGUGUGGAACCGUGAUGGAUUCCAUUAAAUGCGUAUACGAUGACAAUGGAACCUCUUCGGAUGGAUCGAAACAUGGUGCAGGUCGCGGCCCGUAUUCGCAUACGAUUGAAUUGGAUUGUGCAAAUGAGUAUAUAACUUCCAUUUCCGGCUAUCUUGGUCAAUUGCGUGAAAUGUAUCUUGUUCACUCAUUGACAUUCCGAAGCAACAAAAGAGUGUAUGGUCCAUAUGGUCAAGAGAAAGGCUCAUACUUUUCAUCCCCGCCAAAUAUCGGAAAGAUAGUUGGAUUGUAUGGAAGAUCUGACUCACAUCUCGAUUGCAUUGGGGCAUAUUUUGCACCAGUUUUUGAUCAUCUGAACCCAGCCAACACUGUUGGACCAUUUGGAGGUGGAAGUGGAGAUCCCUGGGACGAUGGAAAACAUACAGAUGUGCAACAAAUCUUUCUUUCUUACGGAGUAAUCAUUGAUGGCAUAUGUUGUGUUUACGACAAAGGCAAGAAAUCAGCACACCAUGGCGAUAGAGGUGGAUGUUCAUAUACGAUUGAGCUGGACUGCCCAAAUGAAUACUUGACAUCAAUCUCAGGAUAUACUGGAAACUUCCGAGGUAAUACAGUCGUCAGAUCGCUCACAUUUCAGAGCAAUAAAAAGACGCAUGGGCCAUUCGGCCACGGUGGAGGAACACCUUUUUCGUUCACAACUAGUACCGGGAAACUAGUUGGAUUUUAUGGACUAAGUGGCAGAUACAUUAAUUCAAUUGGAGCGCAUGUUGAUCACUUCUAAGGCCAGUAACCUUCCAAAAAAAAUUGGCUUCCAGAAGGCUUCUCUUGUUCAGUUAUUUUCUUCCCAACAUUUCUCUUCAAUUUCUUUUGAAUUUGUUUUCCUUUUUGGUGAAUAGCCAGGAAACUGAAUACGAGGCGGCAAAAGUUUGUAUGUCUAUUUGUUUUGUGAUCUUUUCGCGUCUUGCUCCCUCACUUUCCACUUCAACCAUCCUCUAGCUUAUUUGGAUUGCGGAUCAUGGAGGAUUAUUGUUCAACAAACGUUAUCCUUUUUA